AUGAUUGAGAAAUUGAACACACUCAAUGGCUGGCUGGUCUACUCGACCGCCUGCCCAGAUCCGUUCCUGCACUGCGGCUGGUGUUGGCCUCCGUUGAGCACGGUCUUGGGCUCCGACCAUCUCCUCUUCACCCUCUCCCGCCUUGUUCUCCAAUAUGCCAUUGGGAUCAUGGCCACUGGGUCCAGAGGAGCUCCGAGUCCACAAACGCUGGCCUUCAUCCGCUCCCUCAAAGCCAUCCAGCCACACGUCCAGAUAAUUGUCUUGGCCUGGAAAAAGGUUGAGGAGCAGGUGUCCGAAUCCCCAACCAGGGCCUCGUCCAGUUCUCCGAUCCUAGUGGAUGCUGCAAUAAUCAAACAUCAAAAGCCCCAGGCUCAGAGCCCUCAUUAG